UCCCAGAGUCCCUCGCUCCACCUCCAUCACCUUUGAGUCUGCCGCAUAGAUUUCUGGGAGUUGAGGUCUGUUUGCCCAAGUUAGUGAUAGGGGCCUGCGGAAACAUGAAGAGGAUAAAUAGCUGUGUGAAGAAUGAAGAGCAUGUCCUGGAGGAGUUGGAAACAGAAGGUGAGAGGCAGCUGAAGAGCCUCCUUCAACAUCAACUUGAUACCUCUGUCUCCAUUCAAGAAUGUGUCUCUAAGAAAGAGAGCUUUGCCCCGGGUACCAUGUACAAGCCCUUUGGGAAGGAAGUAGCCGGGACAAUGACUUUAUCCCAGUUCCAGACACUACAUGAAAAAGACCAGGAAACCGCUUCUCUCAGGGAACUAGGGCUCAAUGAAACAGAAAUUCUGAUCUGGAAAAGCCAUGUUUCAGGUGAAAAGAGGACAAAGCUGAGGGCCACCCCUGAAGCAAUACAGAAACGGCUUCAAGAUAUUGAAGAAAGGAUCUCAGAGCGCCAGCGCAUCCUUUGCCUGCCACAGAGGUUUUCAAAGAGCAAACAACUGACCAGGCGAGAAAUGGAAAUUGAAAAGUCUUUAUUUCAGGGAACUGAUCGUCACUCCUUCCUUAAGGCUCUUUAUUACCAAGCAUACCACAAAAAGACAAGUGCAGACAAGUACAUGACCUCAAUGAAGAGGAAGAUAAAAUUAGGCACAAAAGAUGAACCCCCAAAGAAGAACAAAGGUGAUCCCAUGAACAACCUGGAAAGUUUUUACCACGAGACUAUAAUGAAAAAGCGUCUUGAAGAGUUCCAACUUAUGAGAGGUGAACCCUUUGCUUCCCACUCACUGGUCUCAGCUACAUCAGUGGGUGAUAGUGGCACAGCUGAGAACCCAUCACUCCUCCAGGACAAGGGAAAGCAGGCAGCACAGGGUAAAGGCCCCAGUCUCCAUGUGGCAAAAGUUAUUGAUUUUCCACCUGAGCAGUGUUGGACUGGGCCUAAGAAGCUGACGCAACCAAUAGAAUUUAUCCCUGAAGAUGAGAUCCAGAGAAACCGUUUAUCAGAGGAGGAGAUCCGAAACAUCCCUAUGUUUUCUUCAUAUAACCCAGGGGAACCAAACAAGGUGCUAUACCUGAAGAACCUUAGUCCUCGGGUGAAAGAAAGGGACCUUAUCUCAUUAUUCGCUCGCUUCCAGGAGAAAAAAGGACCACCCAUUCAGUUCCAAAUAAUGACUGGACGCAUGAGAGGACAGGCUUUCAUCACCUUUCCCACUAUUCAGGAGGCCGAGGCGGGGGGAAUCAGUGGAGCCUGAUUCAAAACCAGCCUGUGUAAAGAGAAGUGAAAUCCUGUUUCAAAAACGAAAACCAAGAAAAAGUGACAUAGUUAAGAUCUCAGAAACAGUGGAGGUGGCCGUGAAAGGUAAAAUACCUCCCACAUACUUUUUAAAAGCUGGAGAAUUUGUUGCCAGAAGAUCACACAAGACAUGCAAGAGGACCGUUGUCAAGCUGAAAAGCAAGUGACCUUAGAGAAAAAUUUAAAUCUAUACAUAAAACAGACAAACGUGAUUGUGUGUGACUAUAAAAGACAACCUUGAAUACUUUUUCCUUUAUCUGUUAACGAAUUUAUUUACUUAUUUUUGGUGUUUGGAGACAGCAUUUCUCUGUGUAGUCCUGAUUGUCCUGGAACUUGCUGUAUAAACCAGACUGGGUUCAAACUCAGAGGUCCACCUGCCUCUGCCUCCCAAGUGCUAAGAUUUUGUUAACUAAUGUUUAAAAGUUGUAUUAAGUUGUAUAUAGUUGCAUUGUAUCUCCUAUAACAAAAAAGUCAAUGUAUUUGCCAGUAACAGACGAAGAUCAGAAAUAAUGCUUAUUUUACUAAAAAAUAGCAGAAAUCCAUAGGAACAAAUAAAACAAAGGAGUAAAAAUAUGGCUAAUUUUAUAAAACAGUAAAUAAUUCAGCAUCUUGAAAACUACCAUCAUUGUUUUAAGUGAUAACCUUAAUAUAUUGCUAAGCCUGUAACAUAUAGAAAUAGCUAGCGUGCCCAAAAUUCGGAGGAAAGCGGAACAAAAAUAUCAACUAGAGAUAAAGAUCUGUAUUUUUUGCUAAAACGGUCAAUGUUUUAAGAUGUAAAAAUUUUAAUUACAUUUUUCAUAACAACAGAGACCCAAAACAGCCUGAAACAGGGCAGGAAAGAAAGAAAGGAGAACUCGACAAGUCUCUGAAAAGCUGAAAUACUCAGUGUUUCCUUUCUACUGAAAGUAGUGCUACACAAGUGAUAAACAAAGAGGUAGAAUACUCCAACACUGUGAACUGAAUAGAUCUGAAAAGCAGCUAUAGAACAUUCUACCCUACAACACUAGAAGAUAGAUCGUCAUCCCAUGCCUAUGAAACGUCUUCAGGCUAGAUCAUGAGCUAAACCACAAAACAGGCCUUAAAAGAAUCCAGAUAGACUGAAGUGAAGUAAAGCAUGUCCUCUGACCACCUGGAAAGAGGUUAGAAAUCAGUAACAAGAAAUUGGGAAACUCUCAAAUGUGGAAAUUAGUCACACUUAAGUAGAAAGUAGGUCAAUAAAGAAACACAAAAGGAGGGCUGGAGAAAUGGCUCUGUGGUAAGAGUGCUUGCCUGCUCUUACAGAGGCCUGAGUUUGAGUCUCAGUACCCACAUCAGGUGGCUCAUAGCUACCUUUGUCUAUGUAGAAAAUGUUUAGAGAUAAGCCUAUUUAAAGAGAAAAAAGAUCAUAUAGCAGUAAUUCAGUUUAUAUCUUAAGCUGUAGGAAAAGAAUAGCAAACUGUACCUAAAACAAAAAAGCAUGCAAGAUAAAUGAGAGAAUAAAAUACAAUUAAGAAAAGGCAAUUAAUCUAAGCAAGAAAUUGGCAAACCUUUUACUAAAUUUCACAGGAAAAGGUAGACUAAUUAUUAGAACGAGAAAGGAGGGGGUAGUGCUUCUGAUCUUUGGGAAAUAGAAGGUAUAUGAUGGAAUAGUGUUAUACUUGUGUCUCGAUAAAUUGAUCUACCCAAAAUGAACAAAUUUCUGGAAAGAUGAGUGCCAACAACAAAAUAAAGGAAGUCAGAAUAGGCAUAAUAACUAAUAAGAGAGAUACCCUCAAAGAAAAGUCCAGACUUAAAUUGCAUUUUAUUUGCACUCUACUAAUUGUUUAAUGAAACAGUAAUCCAAUUUCUUCACGAGCUGUUUUUUUUGUUUUUGUUUUUAAGGGAACUCUUCUGAGAUACACUACUACAACAUGGAAGAACCCUGAGAAUAUGUUCAGUGAAAGAAGCCAGUCACUGCUGAAGGAAAAUUGUAGGACUCAAUGUAGAUGUACAUGAAGUAUCCCGAAUUGGUCACACACACACACACACACACACACACACACACAGAGAGAGAGAGAGAUAAAGGGUAUGUAGGGAUAACUAGAGUGGAUGGGAAUUCUUUGCAAGUAGAUGAAAAUGUUCAUAAAUUUCAUUAAUACUUGUAUAGCAAUGAAUAUACCAAGUGGAUGAAUUUUGUGGCAUAUGAAUCUCAGUGAAACUCACAAAAAUAGGAACUUGGACAUUAUCCAAAUGUCCAUCUGUCAACACGAAUGACUUAUGGCACGUCCAUUUAGUGGGAUACUAUGAAGCCAUUAAAACAGUGGACUUGAUCUAUGAAUAUAUUGUGACUUGUACCAAGUUUUUAUAUUAAGUUAUAAACUAAGAUGUAUGUAUGUAUGAGAUGUAUGUAUAGUAAGGAUACAUUUUUAAGCAAAUAGUUCAUGUGUAUAGUUUGUAGAGAUAAUUUCAAAAUCAAUGUAGGAAAGAAAUAAGGAAUGUGUAUAACAAGCUGUAAACCUUCUGGAAGUGGGACUGUACAAGCUGAAAAGACACCUUCACCUUGUGUUGUGGUUUGGAGUGGUUUUUACCUUUUUCAAUAUUUUUUAAAUUAAAAUAAUUUUUAAAUAUUCUUACAAACACUUAGCUUCCAGAAUAUUUGUCAGAACCACUCUGAGGAUUUCUGACUUCACUCAGGACAAACUUCUAUUCAUUUGCUAUAUUGCUCACAUGAUUAACGCUCCAAUUUUUGAUAACGUGUAAGGGAUGAGAAGUGAAGGACCCUGGUUACAGCUUCUUGCACAGUUACCCAGGGAUGUACUUCUCAGCCAGGAUUCCCAGAAGGGACUCCUUCGUCUUAGGUGGAAAACCUUACCUCCUCCUUACUAGACCUACAGACCACAUACAAAUGGAGAAAACUAAAAUCGAAGAUACCUUUCAACUGGUGCAGAGAUACAGAAACUGGUGUAUCCAGAUGAUGAAAUUCUACUCAGCAAUAAAAACUAAGGAACCAUAUAUGCAACAACUUGGAUAAAUCUUAAAUGUAUUUUGCUAAGUAGAAGAAGCCAGACUCAAAUGGCUGCUUACUGUUAUAUUUCAUUUGUGUGUUUUCUGGAAAAGGUGAAGCAAUAAGGCAGAAAAACCAGGAGAUACCAAGUAUUGGCACAAGGGAUUUUUUUUAGUAAUGGGAACUUUAUGUUGUUUAUAGUUAAAAUGUGUAUGUGUUUGUUAAACUCAGAGAAUUAUACACCAAAAGAAUGAAUCUUAAUGUGUGAUUUUAAAA